CGAAACACACAAAGAUCUCUCUCACACACACACAAACACAAUGGAACUUGAGCUAAGUCUUUCACCUCCCAAUCAAAGGAGACAACCAAUGAAGAAAACCUGCCAUGUUGGCAACACCACGACAAGAUAUCCUCUGGUUUCAUGGAAUCAGGAAGAAGAAGAUGAACCCAACAAAAAUUUCGUCAACGACGAUUACCAACAAGAUUUGGAUGGUGAAGGAGAAGGUUUAACUGGAUGGCCACCAUUGAAUUCAUGGAGGCGAAGGUUGAUUGAAGGUGUAGGGUUUAAUGGAAGGGUGGAUGAUGAAGAAGAAGGUGACAAUAUCAAUGUGAUGACUAACAACUACAAUGAGUCGUUGUUUGUGAAGGUGAAGAUGGAUGGAGUUGGGAUUGCAAGGAAAAUCGAUUUGAAUGCUUUUCAUUCUUAUCAAAUGCUCACCAACACAUUGCUCCACAUGUUUGACAAAUAUGUUGAAAUUCAUGAAGAUGGUGCAAGUUACACGCUCGUAUAUCAACACAAAGAUGGACAUUGGUUACUUGCACGAGACUUUCCAUGGGAAAUGUUCAUAGCUAGUGUACAGCGUAUACGAUUGGCAAGGAACUAAUAUGCGCGGAUCCGAGAAUAUAUAUAAAGAUGUAUCACUCCCACAUAUAAGUAG